GGAGGAGUACCGAGUGGUUUGGAGCUGGGCUUGGACCAAGUCUCUGGUCCUGGUCCUCCGGUCUCCGCACAAUGACCGCGUUGCCUAGAGACUUUCGACGUGAUUGUUCCUCCCAGGCCAUCGCGGAGACUUUAGAGGAGUCUGUUAGGAGGAAGCCCUUCCAGAGACCCGAGAUGGCUGCUGGCUGAGGCAGAACCGCAGCUUCCUGAAGGCGGGAAGAGCUGCGGUUCACUGGGGGUGGGGGGUGGCUUGCAUCUUUACAGUCUGCACUGCUGCACCCCUCAGCCCGCAGAAAUCACGGCCUGAAGAAGUUGGGUUACCACUUCCCCCCAAAGACUGUCCCUCGACUGACCCCAGUACUUGGCCAGUGCCUCAGAAGCUGAGCACCGCCUGUUCCAGUACCUGUUCCAAGAUUACAACGAGAUUAUCCGGCCUGUGGCCAACGUGUCCCACCCAGUCACCAUCCAGUUCGAGGUGUCCAUGUCUCAGCUGGUGAAGGUGGACGAGGUAAACCAGAUCAUGGAGACCAACCUGUGGCUGAAGCAAAUCUGGAAUGACUACAAGCUGAAAUGGAAACCCUCCGACUACCAAGGGGUGGAGUUCAUGCGUGUCCCUGCAGAGAAGAUCUGGAAACCAGACAUCGUGCUUUAUAACAACGCUGACGGGGAUUUCCAGGUGGAUGACAAGACCAAAGCUCUACUCAAGUACACAGGAGAAGUGACUUGGAUCCCUCCCGCCAUCUUUAAGAGCUCAUGCAAAAUUGAUGUGACCUACUUCCCAUUCGACUACCAAAAUUGCACCAUGAAGUUCGGCUCCUGGUCCUAUGACAAGGCGAAGAUUGACCUGGUCCUCAUCGGCUCCUCCAUGAACCUCAAGGACUACUGGGAAAGUGGCGAGUGGGCCAUCAUCAAAGCCCCAGGCUACAAACAUGAGAUCAAGUACAACUGCUGUGAGGAGAUCUACCAAGACAUCACGUACUCGCUGUACAUCCGCCGGCUGCCACUGUUCUACACCAUCAACCUCAUCAUCCCCUGCCUGCUCAUCUCCUUCCUCACAGUGCUUGUCUUCUACCUGCCCUCCGACUGUGGAGAGAAGGUGACGCUCUGCAUCUCCGUGCUCCUCUCUCUGACCGUCUUUCUCCUCGUGAUCACCGAGACCAUCCCUUCCACCUCGCUGGUCAUCCCCCUGAUCGGGGAGUACCUCCUCUUCACCAUGAUUUUCGUCACCUUGUCCAUUGUCAUCACAGUCUUCGUGCUCAAUGUGCACUACAGAACUCCAACCACACACACGAUGCCCACGUGGGUCAAGGCUGUAUUCCUGAACCUGCUCCCCAGGGUCAUGUUCAUGACGAGGCCGACCAGCAGCGAGGGAGAUGCUCAGAAGCCGAGGACCCUCUACAGUGCUGAGCUCUCAAACCUGAACUGCUUCAACCGUGCAGACUCCAAAAGCUGCAAGGAAGGCUACCCGUGCCAAGAUGGGACGUGCGGCUACUGCCACCACCGCAGGGUAAAAAUCUCGAAUUUCAGUGCUAAUCUCACGAGGAGCUCCAGUUCUGAGUCUGUCGAUGCCGUGCUGUCCCUCUCCACUCUGUCACCGGAAAUCAAAGAAGCCAUCCAAAGUGUGAAGUAUAUUGCUGAAAAUAUGAAAGCACAGAAUGUAGCCAAAGAGAUUCAAGAUGAUUGGAAGUAUGUUGCCAUGGUGAUUGACCGAAUCUUCCUCUGGGUUUUCAUCCUGGUGUGCAUUUUAGGGACGGCGGGAUUAUUUCUACAGCCCCUGAUGGCCAGAGAUGACACAUAAAUUGGGAACUCUGUUCAGCGAGGCUCCCCCGUGCUGACGCGGGGCACCUUCUCAAUAGCAUCACACUAUCCAGUCACCAGCUUUAAGUUUGCUAUUUCAAGGGUUAGUUAUUUUCAACUCAUCUUGACUUUUUGGGAAAAAAAAACGUAGAAGAAAAAUGUCUAGUUAUUUACUAUGGAUAAAUGAACAUUUAACUAGCCUUGCUGAUAGAACAUGUCAACAGGCUCCUUUUCUUGUGGUGGAACCUAACUAGAUAGAAAAACUUCCCAUUCACAAAUACUAAAUCCAUUAGCUCAGUAUCUCUAUAGAUUUCCUCAUUUCUUUAGCCCAUAAUCUCCUGGAAAUUGUAGACUAUUUCAGCAGUGCCCCGCCAACUCUUGUUUCUUACUGUCUUUCCAAAGUCAAGGGCUGGUCGUCCAUCCCAGUAUUUGUGUUACUGCUAGAUCGCACAUUACCAUCCCUGAGUAAUUACACCCGCUCUCACACUCACUGUUAAUAAACUACCCUAGUCUGUUUACGUUGCUGAUUUAGGAAAACGUCUUGUUGAGCCCUGCAUGGCUUUAAUCCCAGCACUCAGGAGGCAGAGACAGAGACCAGUGGG